AUGCCUAAGUCUUUUUUCUAAAUAUUUUGCCUUAAGAUUUUGAUUUUAAUUUAUUUCAUUUGGUAGUAAUUUUCACUCUAGUUUGAGGUCUUCAAAACAUAUUCAUAAAAAUUAUUAGAUUUAGCUAUUAUUAACUUGAAAAAGUGGACUCUGAUAUGGGAGGAACUCGAUUAGUUAGUCGGUUAAAGGAGGUGGUAUAUAAUGCAAGUAAUGCCAAAAAUAAAAAUACAACUCUGA